CAUGUAACCGCAAAGUAUUGAUGAUUGUCUUCUUUAACAGGUAUAUCUAAACCCUUAUACAAAGUUGAGACGCAUUUUUAGUUUUCCAGUCUUAAGUAGAAACCAUUUUCUAUUGAAAAAAUUUGAUUCAACUACAGGGUUUAUUCGUCUUUCUUGUUUAGCAAAAGAGAAUAGCUUUAGAUAAUUGUUAGAAUAUCCUAAUGGAAUGCAGAAUUUAAUGAAUGUAAAUUAGUCCAUAAUUAUUCUAUAGAUAUUAAUUCAAUUUAACUACACUAAUUGGUUUUAUGAUUAAACUUUCAAUGCAGUAAUGCCAAUCUUUUCAAAAGAGAGGAAAUAAAUUUAAAUUUUGAUUAAGAAAAAUCAUUUGGAAGAAUUUAAGAAGUUUUUAUAAGAAUUAGAAGUUAAAUAAGAAUGGGAACCAAUAGAGGCUGAAUAUAUACCAAAUAAAGAUAUGACUAAAUUAUAUAUUGUCUUUGAAACUUAAGAGGAUGCUCAAUUAGGGUUUAGCAAAAUUUAAUAGUCUAAAUCAAUUGUAAGAAUUCUAUUUAUAUUUAAAAAUAGUAUUAAAUACAAAAUGCUAAAAUGGAAGAAGUUGAUUAUUUUACUAAAUUUUUGAGUAUUGUUUAAACAAAGUAACAAUAAUUUUAAGAAUAAAGAAUAAAUAAUAUGAGAAAUUAUGAAGAUAGAAAUUAUGAUGAAACUUAGAAUUAAUAUUAAAAUUAUUCUUAAUAAUAAUAAUAAUAACCUUAAUAAUAAUAAUAAUAAUAAUAAUAAUAAUAAUAAUAAUAAUAAUAACAAAAUCAAUAAUAUUAAUAAGAAUAAUAAUUAUAUGAUUAUACAUCAUCAGAUAUUGUUAGCCAAAGAUUAAAUUAAAUAAGAACAAAAGAUAAAGUUGAAUUAAAUUUUGCUCCAUUACAAGAACAAUAAUUUUAAUUUUCAUUUGCUCCUAUAUUCUAUACCCAACAAGAUAUUUAAUAAUAAGAACUCUCUUCAAUUUCAUAAUAAUUACUAUAACAAGAACCAUAAAAAGAAGAAUCAAUUUAAGUUGAACAACCACAAGAGUAACCAAAUAUAGAAUAAUCAAUAUAAUAAACAGAUUAAAAAUAAGCAAGAGAGACAGAAUCAAAUAAAGAAAAUUCUGUAGAGAAAUAUCAAGGAAGAAUUGAAAAUUAUUAGAAACCUUAUUAUCAAAAUAGAUAUCAAGUAUUAUAGAUUUAUUAAAAUAUAGCAAAAGAGAAGACCAAAUAAUGAAUCGCAUUAUUAUUCAAAUAAAUACUAUGAUAAUUCCAAUAAUAGGAAAACAUAAUAACAUUACAGUAAUAUAAAAUUCUUAAAUAUGAUAGAUAGAUUGGAAAAUGAUUUGAAAGAGUUUACAGGAUAUAAAAAAUAUUAAUAAAGACCUUAAAAAGAAUAUUAUGAACCAAAGAGGGAAUCUUGA